AGCAAUACCAAUACCCACAUACAAAAUACCUCAGAAAAAGUACAGAAAAAAAACUGGAAAUGACAUAAAGAAGCCACAUCAAAUUGAGGAAAUUACUGAAAAAAGUGCAGAGUGUUAAGGCAAAAAUAUAUUUUUGAGGGAAUUAUCAAGAUAAAAGUGGAAAUAAUUCCUUAUUGUUUUUGAAAAAAAUAAUAAUUUACCCCACAUAGGAAUUGUGGGAUACAUGUACGUUCAGCAAUUACACAAUUAUUAAGAGUGGUUUUUGAUUUUUGGGAAGAAUAUUUACUUGUUAGUUUUGGUGCGUGCUUGGAAAACCCUUAAAAAUGGCGGAAGAAUCCCCCAAAGUAGAAAUGUUGCGAUCCGUUAAGGGCAAGGAUAUGUUAUUGGUGGGAGAUUAUCUCUACCAUUAUGAUGAUAGAACCAGCAAAGCCUAUAGAUGGGUGUGCAGUCGCCGCAAAGACAAAACACCUUGCCGGGUGCGUAUGUAUACAUCGUUAAUAGAUGAAUGGGAUUUGACGCGCCAUAAACUUGAAAACAUUGUGGGCGAACAUCCCCAUGGCCCGGCCGAACAAGAUGCCAUUAUCAGGGCCCGGGAAAAGAAACGUCAGGCAGAUGCUGAAGGCUUGCCCUGUACAUUGGGUAAUAAAUCGCUGAAAAGGCGCUUUCAAAAGCAAGAGUUGGUUAAGAAACUUAAUGCUAAGAAAAUGAAAUUGGGUGAUGAUAGCGAUGAUGAAAACAACACCAGUAAAGAUAGAUUUGACACCAGCGAUGAUGAGCUUGGCGAUUUGGUAGAAAGUUUGGGCAUAACAGCACCAAAACAACAGCCCAAAGUGAAAAAGUUAUUAAUGCUCAAGACCACCAAGGGUCAUCAUAUGGUGGCUGUAGAUGGCUGUGUCUAUAGAUUGGAUGGUAAAUCUAUGAUAAGUACCACCUACCGUUGGAAGUGUUUCAGAUCCAAGGACUUGCAAUGUUCGGGCAAAAUCUAUACCGAGUGUUUGGCGAAUGGGCAACAUCGUUUCAAGCCCAUACGUUUAGAGGAAAAUACCCAUAAUCACCAGCCGUACAGUGAGGUCAAAAUAGAAGCUUUGAUUCGAAGGAACAACAUUAAAGUGUUGCAGGGUAAGGAGGAGAAAUCCUCAUUCAAAGUAUUCGAUAGUUUGGCUCCCAGCCCGGAAAAAAAGGUCAAGGCUGAGAAAAAAAUUAGACCAAUAACCAUACCUUUGUCCGUAGCAAAAGGUGGUGGUAACGUUUUGUCCAUAUCCAGCAGUUUCGAUGUGAGUCCGAAACCAGAUAUCAGACGAAUAAGAGCCGAAGCCACCUCCAAACUGUACCGCCAGGUAGACGAUAUCAUGGACGCUCUUGAAAGUCCCAAAGAUGGAGAAAUAACCAAGUUUACCUUUUUGCCUUCGUUGAAAGGAAACCGCAUACUCAUAAUGGAUAGCAUGAUAUUUCAUUAUGACUCCAGAGGCUCCCAGAACGAUAGGGCCUAUUGGACCUGUUUGUAUCGGCGGGAUAAGGUGCACAAAUGCAAUUCGCGUUUAACCACGGAGGGUGUAGGCAAAGACAUGAAAAUUAUGAAAGUCUCCGGUGAACACAAGCAUGCUAUUAAUCAUCGUGAGCAUAUUUUAAAGAGAAUAAACCAAAAUCUAAAAAUAAAAGACAAAUCAUUCCCUUCACAAAAAGUGGAAAUGUUUUCGUCGGAGAGUGAAGACGACAAUGAUGACAAUGAUCACAUGGGUGAUUUUAAUGAUACCCAAGACAAUGCUGUAAACCAUACAAGCUUUUCUCGUGAAAACUCUCCUGACAUUUCCGAUUUCAUACGCAUGAAACAACCCAAAACUGAAAGAGUACUUGAAACUACCCAUGAAAUGUUGGAGAGCACUUUAGAUGAAAAUGCUCAUGCUUCUAUAGUAGAAUAUAAAAAUGAAAUUGAAGUGGAUCCGUUUCAUGAAACACUGCCCGUCAUCGAAUACAUAGAAAUGGAAAGAAUAAAUACAUCAACCUACCGUUCGGAUUCGGAGGUCGAACCCGAAUAUAAACCACGUGCCACAAAGUCACGAGCACGCAAAAGCGCCGCCAAUGAAGCUGAUGACGAAGGCGACGAGGAUUACAAGCCCAGUACUAGGGGCGGCCGCAAACCCCAGUCGUUAUUGAAAAAAUAUUCGAGCAACACACGAGUUGCCUCCUACAAUCCCGACAACAUCGAUACCAGCAAGAUAACAAAAUUACGUUCGGCCAAAGGCGGCGAACUGCUAUGCGUUGAUGGUUAUAUUUAUCACUUGAAAAGCAUUUCACCCACUACACGCACCUAUUGGGCAUGCAUCAAGUCCAAAGAUCGCAUUUUAAAAUGCCCGGCACGUGUCACAACUGUCUCGGAUGCAGAUAAUAAAUUGAGUGUUGUUCACUUGAGCAACUCACACACGCAUCCCAUUUCGGAGGAUGACAUUAAGAAACGUUUGUUUAACGAAUUCUCCAAGUCGGUGGUUAAUGCGGAUAUAAAAACAAAAGACAUUAUGGAGAAAUCAUUGAGUGAAUUAAAUCCGGAAUUUGCUCAUUUGUUGGGAAAUCAUCAAGCGGUGAAGAGGGAGACAUUCAAAUUCAAUAUGAAAUUGUACUCAGUAUCCGAUGGCCCACCAUCUUUGGCCGUGCGUAUGUGUUUAAAGGCUUUAAACAUUCCCUUUGAAUUGCAUAAUGUGGAUUAUGUAGCCUCCGAGCAUUUGAGCGAGGAUUAUGCUAAGAUUAAUCCCCAAAAAGAGAUACCCGUUUUGGACGAUGAUGGUUUCUAUCUGUCUGAAAGUAUUGCCAUUAUGCAGUAUUUAUGCGAUAGAUAUGGCGGAGAAAACGUUUUAUAUCCCAAGUCGCCCAAGGAACGUGCCUUAGUCAAUCAUCGUCUUUGUUUCAAUAUGUCUUUCUAUUAUUCCAGCAUUGGAUCCUACAGUAUGGCACCCAUAUUCUUUGAUUACGAACGUACCGAAAUGGGCUUGAAAAAGGUUAACAAUGCCUUGUCGGUGUUUGAAACUUAUUUGCAACGUUUGGGCACUAAAUAUGCUGCCAGCAAUAAUCUAACUAUUGCUGAUUUUGCUCUGGUCUCGGCUACUUUAUGCUUGGAAGCUAUAUCAUUUGAUAUCUCUGAAUAUCCACUCAUCACUAAAUGGUAUAACACUUUCAAAAAGGAACAUGCCGAUUUAUGGUCAAUUGCCUAUGGUGGCAUGCAGGAAAUAACCGAAUUCGAACAUAAUCGUCCGGAUUUGUCGCAUAUGAAUCAUCCUUUCCAUCCGACACGUAAAAAUGUUUCUUCAUAAGUUCAUUUGGAAGGCAAUUCAAUUGUUGCAAAUUAUUUUUCUUUAUAUAUUUCUUUUAGUUUUUAGGACAAAAAGUAGUUUGUCAUUAUUUUCUUAAUUUUAAUAAUAUGUUGAAUGUUUUAAACACUUAUACACCCCACAACGGGUUAAAAAUUUGCAUAAAAAUAUAAUAAAAUAUAUACAAUACAAA